UCAGGGACAAGGGCAGGGUCUCCCAAACGAGCGAGCGAUCCGUCCCUCCUAAUUAGUUCGGUGUUUUUGAAGCUUGGAGCUCUCCUUUUUGGUUGGUGACCACGCGUGGCACCCGCUUCAAGUGGGUUUGGCGGAUGAAUGACGUUCCGCAGUGCUUGCUGGAAAGGGGCGAGUGGUUCUGCUCUGUUCUUGGGGCGUUUCAGACUGCACCCGAAGAGACCCGGGGCUGCAGUGAAUGCGUCUUGUGGGGCAGGGACAGCCUUGGGUGGGCCCCAGCGUGCCCCAGCCGGCCGCUCCCCUGGGAUUCAGAAGAAUCUUUGUCUUAAAUUGGGGAUGCCAGAGGCUUUUAGCUGGGUGCUGCGUCAGCGUCGGCUUCAAUGGGUGCGUUGCAACUGGGGGCAGAGCGGGAGGAACCGUUCCCUCUGUGGCCCCGUCCUGCAGCGGGGGGCUGCCACAAACCUCUGCCAGCACCACGGGGACGGCGUGGGGACGCUCCCGUGCCAGCCGCCCUGGGGCUGGGCCCCUCCCUCUGUUUUCUGGGCCGUGUCAGCGCCCGUGCCCGCGGGUUUGUUCAAGCCGAGGACGGGCGGGUGCUGAUGGAGCAGCUCCAGGAGCGGGGCUGCAGACGCCAGCGGGGACUGCUCCGUUCCGGCCGCUGCUCCGCGCCGCAGCCGCUCCGCUUUGUCCUCUCCGCUUUGUCCUCUCCGCAGUAACGCGGAGCUCCCGGAUCUCGUCCCCUCGGGGAGCCCGGGGCGCCGAGGCGCUGGAGGAGCUGAAGAUGUCCGGGGCGGCCUCGUACGAGCAGCUGGUGCGGCAGGUGGAGGCACUGCGCAGGGAGAACAGCCACCUCCGGCGCGAGCUGCAGGACAACUCCCAGCACCUCUCCAAGCUGGAGAAUGAGACCUCAGACAUGAAGGAAGUGCUGAAGCACCUGCAGGGCAAGCUGGAGCAGGAGGCGCGGGUGAUGGUGUCCUCGGGGCAGACGGAGGUCCUGGAGCAGCUGAAAGCUCUGCAGAUGGAUGUCAGCAGCCUCUACAGCCUCAAGUUCCCGGAGGUGGCAGCGGGGGCCGGGGAGGACAGCCCGCAGCACGGCACAGCCCAUGGGGACAGCGCUGGGGACGGCGGCCGGGCCACGCUGCGGCUGCUGGAGGAGCUCGACCGGGAGAGGUGCUUCCUGCUAGGGGAGAUCGAGAAGGAGGAGAAGGAGAAGGUGUGGUACUACGCGCAGCUGCAGAGCCUGUCCAAGCGCCUGGAGGAGCUGCCCCACGUGGAGACGUUCUCCAUGCAGAUGGACCUCAUCCGGCAGCAGCUGCAGUUCGAGGCGCAGCACAUCCGCGCGCUGAUGGAGGAGCGCUUCGGGACAGCGGAUGAGAUGGUGCAGAGGGCCCAGAUCCGGGCGUCCCGGCUGGAGCAGAUCGACAAGGAGCUGAUGGAGGCACAGGACAAAGUGCAGCCGCCGGAGCCGCAGCUCUGCACAAAGCUGCCGGGCACAGAGGAGGACAUGGACGUCCCGACGCACCCCGAGGACGGGGGCAGCAGCAAGGUGGAGGUGGUCUUCUGGCUGCUGUCCAUGCUGGCCACGCGGGACAAGGACGACAUGUCGCGCACGCUGCUGGCCAUGUCCAGCUCGCAGGAGAGCUGCCUGGCCAUGCGCAAGUCGGGCUGCUUGCCGCUGCUCAUCCAGAUCCUGCACGACUCCGACCGCGAGCCGGGCCCCCCCGAGAGCCCCAGCGGCGCCAAGGACGCCCGCAUGCGCGCCAACGCCGCGCUGCACAACAUCGUCUUCUCGCAGCCCGACGAGGGGCAGGCCAAGAAGGAGAUGCGGGUGCUGCACGUGCUGGAGCAGAUCCGCUCCUACUCGGAGACCUGCUGGGACUGGCUGCAGAUGCAGAGCAGGGACGGGGGCAAAGGGCCCGAGGGCAGCGCGGCGCCGGUGCCCAUCGAGCCCCAGAUCUGCCAGGCCACCUGUGCCAUCAUGAAGCUCUCCUUUGAUGAGGAGUACCGGCGUGCCAUGAACGAGCUGGGUAAGGGGUGGGAUGGGGUGACAGCAGCAAGUGUUGGGGAGCAGCUGUGUGUGUGGGGAGGCCUGGCCGUGGUGACCCCAUCCCAUCCCGCAGGAGGGCUGCAGGCGGUGGCUGAGCUGCUGCAGGUGGACUACGAGAUGCACAAGAUGACGAGCGAUCCCCUGAACCUGGCGCUGCGGCGCUACGCGGGGAUGGCCCUCACCAACCUCACCUUUGGGGACGUGGUCAACAAGGUCUGUGGGGUCAGUGGGGUGGUGGGGAGCAGGGCCGGGGCAGCACGGGGCUCACCAUGCACAUGUCCCUGCAGGCAACGUUGUGCUCGCGCCGGGGCUGCAUGGAGGCCAUCGUGGCCCAGCUGGGCUCCGACAGCGAGGAGCUGCACCAGGUGGGUGCCAUCGGCGUGGAUGCAUGUGGGGAUGGUGUCUGUCAUGGGGACGGUGCCAUUCCCACGCACCCCGUGUGCUCUGCUCGCCCAGGUGGUCUCGAGCAUCCUGAGGAACCUGUCAUGGAGAGCCGACAUCAACAGCAAGAAGGUGCUGCGGGAGGUGGGCAGCGUGGCGGGGCUGACCCAGUGCGCACUUCACGCGGCCAAGGAGUCCACACUGAAGAGCGUCCUGAGCGCGCUUUGGAACCUGUCAGCACACAGCACAGAGAACAAAGCCGCCAUCUGCGGUGUGGAGGGAGCCCUGGGCUUCCUGGUGAGCACCCUGACCUACAAGUGCCAGAGCAACUCGCUGGCCAUCAUCGAGAGCGGCGGCGGCAUCCUGCGUAACGUCUCCAGCCUCAUCGCCACGCGCGAGGACUACAGGCAGGUGCUCCGGGACCACAACUGCCUGCAGACGCUGCUGCAGCACCUGCGCUCGCACAGCCUCACCAUCGUCAGCAACGCCUGCGGCACGCUCUGGAACCUGUCCGCCCGCAGUCCCCGCGACCAGGAGCUGCUCUGGGACCUGGGGGCGGUCAGCAUGCUGCGCAACCUCAUCCACUCCAAGCACAAGAUGAUCGCCAUGGGCAGCGCGGCCGCGCUCCGCAACCUGCUCACCAACCGACCCCCCAAGUACAAGGACGCGGCUGUUGUGUCACCGGGCUCCUGCAUGCCGUCCCUCUACAUGCGCAAGCAGAAGGCGCUGGAGGCCGAGCUGGAUGCCAAGCACCUGGCCGAGACCUUUGACACCAUGGAGAAGCAGAGCCUGAAGAGCCAGAGCGCCAAGAAACCGCUGCGGCACAUGGAGAGCCUGGUGAAGGACUACGCCUCCGACUCGGGCUGCUUCGAUGAUGAUGAGGUGCCCAACAUCUCCACCGGCGUGGAGACGGCCAGCGCCUCCGUGCUCUCCAUGUUCCUGGGCUCCUCCUUCCUGCAGGGCCAGGCACUGCCGCGGGCUCUGGCUCAGAGGCGGUGCCCGGAGCCGGAGAAGGACGAUGGCGGAAAGAUGGGAGAGCCCAAAAAGCCACCGCUGCCAGAGGAUGACGUCUCGCUGGCCGCCGAGAAGCUGGCCAACAAGAUCUCCAGCACGGUGGCCAAGAUCGACAAGCUGGUGGAGGACAUCUCCACCAUGCACACGUCCUCGGAUGACAGCUUCAGCCUCAGCUCCGAGGACCACGGGCUGGACUGGCAGUACGGCCCCGAGGAGCCGCCCGAGGUGCGCGCCCACUCCUGCUCCCCGUGCCGUCUCUCGGACACCGGCGGCUCCGCCAGGCGCGAGGGACUGAGCCGGGCGCGCGCGCUGCUGCGGCUGAAGACGGCGUACACCAGCCUGUCCACCGACAGCCUCAACAGCGGCAGCACCAGUGAUGGCUACUGCCCCAAGGAGCACAUGAAGCCCUGCACCAGGGCUCCCUUCCUCGACUACCGGGAUGAGCUGCAGCGCUACCAGAAGCGGCCCAGCAGGCUCGACCUCAAGAGCAUCCUGGGCACCAAGCCCGAGCCCACCGUGCUCAAGGCCGAGUCGGACAAACCAGAGCAGAGGGAGCCGCCCGAGCGGGGCAGGAAAGCGGUGACCUUCCCCAGUCCCAAAGCACUGGAGCCUGGGAGGAAGAAGGAGACGGGCGGCAAGCUCCCCACCGACCCCCAGGUGCACACCAUCAAGCUCUCGCCCUCGUACCAGCACGUGCCCCUUCUCGGGAGCCUGGCCAAGAGCAGCACAGCCAUCAGCCACCACCCCUCGCUGCUGGGAAGGAAGCAAGCCUGGCUGCCCCCGGGCCUCCUGCAAACAGCCGACACCCUCAGCAAGAUCCCCGAGAAGCUGCCAGCCCAGCCCCCGGCCGCGGCCGAGCAGGAGUCGGUGCAGAAGUACUCGGUGGAGGACACCCCCAUCUGCUUCUCCCGCUGCAGCUCCCUCUCCUCCCUCUCCUCGGCCGACAAUGUGCUGGACGGGCAGAGCCACAGCGAGAACGACCUGGACAGCGACUCCUCACUGGAGAUCCUGGAGAUGGACGAAGGGGAUGGGGAAGCUGAGGACGUGAGGCAGGAGAAGGAGAAGGCGGAGCCGGGUCCGACAACACCGGUGGGGAUCUCCCAGCCCAUCGCCAUCCCCUUCCCCAAACGUGACAAGCUCUUCCUGCGGGACGCGUCCCCCUCGCGCCAGGAGGACCACACGCCCUCCAGCUCCUCGGAGAACUACAUCCAGGAGACGCCGCUGGUGAUGAGCCGCUGCAGCUCCGUCAGCUCGCUGGGCAGCUUCGAGAGCCCGUCCAUCGCCAGCUCCAUCCAGAGCGACCCGUGCAGCGAGAUGAUCAGCGGCACCGUCAGCCCCAGCGAGCUGCCCGACAGCCCCGGGCAGACCAUGCCGCCCAGCCGCAGCAAGACGCCGCUCUUCGAGCUGGGCUGCCCGCCCGAGAAGGAGACCAGCCAGUUCAACAUCCAGUGGGAGAACAACGUCAAGAAGUUCAUGGAGAUCACCGACUUCAAGGAGCGCUUCCAGCUCCCCCAGGACCUGGACUCCAUGGUCUACUUCACGGUGGAGAAACCCAACGAGAACUUCUCGUGCGCCUCCAGCCUGAGCGCCCUGCCCCUACACGAGCACUACGUGCAGAAGGACGUGGAGCUGAAGCUGAUGCCCACCUUCCCCGAGAAGAACAGCCUGAACUUUGCGGCACAUGAGGAGCGGGAGGAGAGGGAGGAGCAGCUCCUGGAGGGCCGGCACCGGGCAGAGCCCAGCUCCGACGAUGACAUCGAGAUCCUGAAGGAGUGCAUCAGCUCGGCCAUGCCCUCACGCUUCCGCAAGGUGAAGAGCUCGCUGCUCUCGGGGCAGGUCCUGCACCCGCACACCAAGAAGCCGGUCCACGUCCCCGUCUACAUGCUGGUGCCCGCGCACGCUGCUGUCCCCAAGCACCUGCGUGCCACCGCCCGGGAGCUCUACAAGGACGAUGACUCCAUUACCGACUCGGCCGAGGGGACCCCCGUCAACUUCUCCAGUGCCGCCUCGCUGAGCGACGAGACCCUGCGCGGCCCCAAGGAGGAGGCUGAGCCCCCCCGGGGUGUGGGGAGGAGGCGGGAGGUGGGCGCUGCGGCAUCGCCAGCGAGGAGAUCUGCUCUGGGCAGCGCAGUGCCCACCCGGCCCAGCUCAGCCUGCAGGGGCAGGGUGGGCUCCAGCCGGGACAGUCCUGUGCCACCAGGCAGGAGUGCGGAGGGGAAGCGGGGACAGCCCGUGCCCGGCACGGAGCCAGAGGUGGGGAGGAGCGGGAGCCCCGGGACCCGGCCCUGCAGCCUGCCCAGGAGGAAGGACGGUGUGCGGGAGGACGGGGCGGCCUUCCAGUCGCUGUGCCACACCACGCCGACCGAGGAGGCCGUGUACUGCUUCUACGAGCACGACUCGGAUGAGCCUGGGGUGGGCAGGGAGGUGCCCGGCGGUGGAGCACAGCCUGGCCGGGCGCUGCGGAGGGAGCGCUGCGGGGGCUCCGUGCCCAGGAGGGAGCCCGAGACGAAGGGCAAAGCAAAGAGCAAGCUGCAGCACAACCUGAUUGCUGAUGAGACGCCGCCGUGCUACUCACUGAGCUCCUCCAUGAGCUCCCUGAGUGAUGGCAACCCUGGCGAGGGCGAGGAGCGUGGCUCGGCCCCCCGGCAGCGCGCAGCAGCAGGGCAGGCGCAGGGCCGCUCCCCCAGCCCCAACUCGGAGGAUGAUCUCCUGCAGAAGUGCAUCGGCUCCGCCAUGCCCAAGCGCCGGCGGCCCUCAAUGCGGCGGAGGACAGCGGAGAGGAAGCAGAAGCUGAAAGGCAGCACUGGGAGGGAGCGCGCGGCGGAGGGCAGGCAUCGCUCCGAGGAUGUGGGCUCUGACGGCGGCUCUGACCUGGACAGCGUGGAGUGGGAGGCCAUCCAGGAGGGAGCCAACUCCAUCGUCACCUGGCUGCACCAGGCUGCGGCGUCACUGUCGCGGGAGCCCUCCUCCGAGUCCGACUCCAUCCUCUCCUUCGUCUCAGGGCUCUCGGUCGGCUCCACUCUGCAGCUCUCCCUGGACAGGACAGAGAAGAAGCGCUCUGGGAGCGCGGCCGGGCGGGAGGCAGAGAGGAGGGAGCGUGCCAAGAGCCGUCCAGAGGGGAAGAAGGCACCGAGCGCCCGUCCUGCGGGCAAUACGAGGGCGGAGAGGAGCCCAGCACCGAGCAAGCCCGUGCCCAACCUGCCGGUGGUGUUCCGCGGCAGAACCGUCAUCUACAUGCCCAGCCUGGCCAAGGACGCGCCCAGCCCACGCUCCACCCCAAAGAAAUCCCCCGUGGCCAAGCCCCCGGCGCCCAAGAACCUGUCGCUGAGCCAGCAGCGUUCCCGCAGCCUGCACCGCCUGGGGAAGCCGCCCGAGGGGGGGGACCUGGCGCUGCCCAAGCGCAGCACCACGCCACCUGCCCGCAUCGCCAAGGGGCCACCGUCCUCGGGCUCAUCCCGCACCUCCACCCCCUCGCAGCACGUGCCCAAGAAGCUGCCGUCGCCCUCGCAGCUCUCCAAGCAGAGCCCUGUGCAGACGGGCAAGGCGACCAGCCCCCCCUCCCCUCCCGGCCCCCCCACCAAGCCCACGGCCCCCAGGUCCCCGGCCCCCCGGCAGCACAAGACACAGAAGUCACCCGUCCGCAUCCCUUUCAUGCAGAAGCCCAGCAGGAAGGUGCUGCCGGUGCGCGCGGCCAUGCCGGUGCUGGAGGAGCAGGAGGGCAGCGGCAAGGCCAAGGGCAGCACGCCGGGGGGGGCAGGGAGCAGCCGGCUCAACCUGGUGCGGAUGUCGUCCACUCGCUCCAGCGGCAGCGACUCGGACCGCUCGGGUUUCCUGCGGCAGCUCACCUUCAUCAAGGAGUCGUCCAGCCUGCUGCUGCGGCACCGCGCCGAGCUCGCCCCGGCCACCUCGGUCACCUCACUGCCCCGCGGAGCGUCCCCGCAGCGCAGCCGGGCCGCCCUCCCCACCGUCUUCCUCUGCUCGUCCCGCUGCGAGGAGCUGAAAGCGGCCAAACCCGCAGCACCCGCACCGCGUCCGCUCGUCCCCAGGGCGCAGCCUGGCUGCAAGACCCCCGCUGCAUCCAAGCCCCCGCGCAGGACCAGCUCCGAGAGCCCGUCCCGGCUGCCGGUGAAGACGGCCGUCCCAGAGCCCUUCAAGCGCUACUCGUCGUCGCCCAACAUCAGCGUGCCGCGCCGCACCGGCAGCCCCUCCUCCGUCCUCUCCGCCUGCUCCGAGGCGUCGGCGCGGCGGCGGAAGCCUGGCGAGGCGACGGAGGAGAAACCGCCGAUGGCGAUGAUGAAGGGCACGUGGCGGCGCAUCCGCGACGAGGACAUCCCGCACAUCCUGCAGAGCACGCUGCCCUCCACCGCGCUGCCGCUGCUGAGCGCCGCCGAGGAGCCGUCCCCCGGCCCCAGGAAGACCAGCGACGCCGUGGUGCAGACCGAGGACUUCGCCACCACCAAGACCAACUCCAGCACCUCGCCCACCAUGGAGAGCCCCCGACGCGACGGUGAAGCCCCGGCGCCCGCCAAGACCACUCUGCCCAUCUCCUUCGGGCACGAGGCGCCGGCCGGGGCCUUCCCCGCCAGCCGGCACAGCUCCCCGAGCCGCGCCGCCCGCGUCACCCCCUUCAACUACGUCCCCAGCCCCAUGGCGGUGCCGGCAGUGGCCGACAAAGCAGUGGAGAAAAUCCAGGCGUGAGCGGCUGCCGCGGACGGACCCCGCCGGACACCUCCUGCCCGCGGGGACGGAGACGUGGGACAGCCGGGACCCCUCCCCAGCCCAGGCGGGGUUUAUUCCAAUGCAGCUCCAAAGGUUCCCGUGCUGAAGACCAGGCGAAGCCCCAUGGGUGGGGGCCGAUCCCUGCAGCCAAG